GCUGCCCAAGGAGGGGCCGGUGCAUGACGUGCAGUGGUCGCCCGCGGGGGACUUCUUCAUUACGGUGGCGGGCUUCAUGCCCGCCAAGGUGACGCUCUUCAACGCCGCCUGCAAGCCCGUGUACGACCUGGGUAGCGGGCCCUACAACAUGGCUCGCUGGAACCCCUUUGGCCGCUUCUUCGCCAUCGCGGGCUUUGGAAACCUGCCGGGCGACAUUGUGUUUUACGACAAGAAGAGCAGCGGCACCUGCAAGCAGAUGGGUGCGGUGCGCUCCCCGGCUGUGAGCGCCGAGUGGUCACCGGACGGACGGCAGCUGCUGACCGCCACCACCGCGCCGCGGCUGCGGGUGGACAACAACGUGCGGGUGUUCACGUACUACGG